GAGGCUGGGGGGGGGGCUGGCAUGCCGUCAUUGCCUUUUCCUCUGUGUGCUGUGUAUUACACACACCUUUUACAAGAAUGUAGUCAUGUGCUACUUGGGUCAUUUUUAAAUGGUGUUGAGCCAGAAGCCCUAACGUCUAAUGAAAGUUCAUCUGUAUUCACAUGAGAACGGAGGUGCGAACAAUGGUUUCAACAGUGGGCCAACGGCUAGGCAUGGGGGGUGUCACCCCUGUACUGUGUCAGAAUGGGGGUCUGAGGGACUGUUGUGAUUAAUGCCACUAGACAGUAAACAUGGAUGUGGCAGGAGACCGAGGGUCUUGGCCGGACCUUGAACCUAACUUCUGGGGCAGGCAGACAGAAAGGAGGCCAUGGGGGUGGCUGAGUUCAAGUUAUCCUUCUUCUAGUCUAGUUCCUGGGAGUUUUCAUGUCCCUCCACACUAUUUCUGCCCAUUUUUGUGGGUGAUACUGCUGAGAGUCCUAGAGUUUUCACCUCUCCCACGUAUGGAGGAAAUGUUUUCUUGUUGCUUGUAAGUGUCCCUGCCCAGUCACAGCCUCGGGUAGAACUGGAUCUUAGUACUGACUCCCUCAUUCAUUGGCUGUGAGCACCUGGGCUGACACUUCCUCUGUACCUCGGACUUGUGUGCAAAACAGAAUUUAUGCCACCAGCCUCAUCUGGGACUCUUGGAAAGGACAGAGGUGAUGGCUGUGAAGUGCUGAGUGCUUAAAGGUGGCACAGGAGAAAGCUGGUCAGCAUCAGGUCCUCGGACAUUUUGGGGAGGAUGGAAAAGUCCACUGCUGUCUGGGCCAUCCCUAGGGAGGGCAUGGGGAAGGUCCCAGGACAGCUCUGGGCAAGCUCUUAUCGCUUCCCUUCACUUUGUUCCUCCCCAUCCGGGAACGGAGCUAUAAAUACUUGGAGCUUGUCAUUCAGCCCAGGCCUCCUCACCUGGGAAUGCCCACCAGCUACACAUCCAGAGCUUCGUCUCUCGUUGGCCUAAGACUUGCUGUGGACCUAGGACAUGCCCUUCCACUUUUCUGAGACCCGGCUCUGUAGAAAUGUGCCCACAGUGCCUCCUCUGUGGUAGGUAGGAGGCGGGGGCGUGGGGGGUCAACUCAGUGAGAAGAGUCGGGCUCAGUGAGAAGAUGUGCACAAGAACGCAAAGUGUGCAUGCAGGCAGGAUGAUAAGGGACACCGUCCCUUCCUCAACACUCCUGCUGGUCUGUACCUUCAGCCCUCCAUCCGACCUUCCAUAAUUUGUGGAGCUCCCCUGGCGCCCCCAUGAACCACUCCUGUAUUGGCUGGAACCAGCCUGUAUUCUAGAAUCUCGUCCCCUCCUAUGUCCUCAUGGUUCUAGCAUCCCACUGCGAUUCCAGACCGUACGCUCUAGAACCGGAGGGGUCAGCUGCUUCUCCUGAACAGUGCUGGCUUGCUCAGCUUCCACCGUUGGCCUUGAGUCUGUGCGGCCACCACAAUGCGGUGGCGGGACCGGCUGGCUGUGCUCUUCUUCCCACAAGGCAUGGUGCUCACUGCAGCUGCCCUGAUGCUCUUCCUCAUACACCUUGGGGUCUUUGCCAGCGACGUGCACAACUUCUGCGUCACCCACCACUACGACCGCAUGAGCUUCCACUACACAGUUGUCCUGAUGUUCUCCCAGGUGAUGAGCAUCUGCUGGGCUGCCAUGGGGUCACUCUACGCUGAGAUGACAGAUGACAAGUUUCUUCGGUGCUUUGCCCUAACCAUCCUGAUGCUAAAUGGAGCCAUGUUCUUCAACCGCCUGUCCCUUGAGUUUCUGGCCAUCCAGUACCGUCAGGAGAACCACUGAGACCUGAGGACUGGGCUGAGAAGGGGGAAGGAAAAGGAGGCUUCGGUGUUUUAAU